GGAACGAUGAACGAACGCAAGCGAACACGGUUUAUAAAUCGCGAGUAUGUCCGUCUGCAAUGAUGCAGUGACACUUUUAAACCGGUACGUUCAAACAAUCGGCAGCUAUUUCUUCGUGUGACAAAUAUCAUCAGUGACAAUACAUCAGAAAUUCGAUAUUAAAAAAAAAAAAUCCUUGAAUAGAUAUUGCUCCAUUAUAUAAUUAUCGCGGUUAUAGAAUUUCGGUAAAUCGCAACAAAUGGUGAUAAAAAAAAAUUAAAAGGAGAGAUGGCAUAAGAGAUUACAUAUGGUCCAUUACGGAAGAUCGCACCUCGUGCUCGUGUGUGAAUCGCGUGUGAAGUCACUAUUCACGUGUUACGGAUGAACCUUAAAAGAAUUAUCGUCAGUUGUUGACUGUCAUUCCAUUUGGUCUACGACUUCGAGAGGAAUGCAGCCAGGGGUGACAGUGGCUCUGGCCACAGUCUGGUUAGCAGGCGCAGUUGGGGUAUUUUCUGCCACCCUUUACCCCUCCCAUCCCUCCCUCGAUCAAUACUCCCCCCAACUAUCCCCCAAGCAUCAUGAAGUUACCCAAGAAACUCAGGACCAUGCAAACUCAAAGUUGCAUGAUCCAAAGGAUCUUCUUACUUCAAAACACAAUCAAACAUCCAACCUUCAUCCAUCGAUUGAGAUGUCAAAUUUAAAACUACCUCGAGGGACAUUUCUCCGUUACGGAUCUCAGGAUAGGUCUUACGGGAUUGGUCCAGAACAAGUUGACUUGAAUCUUUCCUUUAAAGAUGGCAUCCAAGAUGAAAUUCAAUCUAAAAAUGUCGCGAAAAUACAGGAGAAAAAAUUCAAUAAAAAAGAAUCACAUCGUCAGAAAAUGAUUGAUAGUCAACAAAAGAAAUCAAUCUUAGAGGAGGAGGAGGAAUAUUCCGAUUAUGAUUCAUUUCAAGAUCAAGGACCCGGGUCCAUUGAGGUCUAUAAAUUAGAUCUUUUCGAGGAGGGCUCAUUAUUUGAUGGUAAUCUAUCCAAGAAUGGUAAUAAAAAAGAUGAAACUUCUUCGAAUAAACUUGAAAAUGAUCAAAAGACAAAAAAGAAUGAUACAAAAAAAAAUGAAAAGAAAAAAAUGAAUGAAAAUCAGUUGUUGAUACCGUUUUUGAAAAAUUUAAAAACAAGAACUGAAAUUUUGUCACCGGAAGUUCGUUUAACGAAUAAGUUAGAGGAUCAUUCGGAAAAUGAAUCAUUUGGAAUGGGUGGAGUGCCAGAGUUGCAAGUUGGAUGCGAAGGUGUGGAGGCAAGUCUUCGAGACAAGAGAUUUUCAUUACGAAAUAACAAAGAUUCGAGUCACGAUAAAGAAAAGUCUUCUCUUUAUCCGGAAAAUAUAGUCAAUGUACAGCUCGUCUAUGAAUCAGAUGAAGAUGAAGAUCCUCAAGGUGUAUUUUAUGAGGAGAGAGAUGAGCUCAUAAAGUUGAAAAAGUUGGAGCAAGAACUACAAAAUCCACCUCCGCACAGAGGUGAUAUACCAGUACAUUUAUAUGAAGAAUAUGAUAAAAAAGAAAAAUUACCAGUUCGUGGAGAUUUGGCUUUAGCUUUUCUCGAUCCCGAUUGGGAUAUAAUGAUACAGAAUAAAGAUAUCAAGGAUCGUAAACUAUUGUCAAUAUCUCAAUUUGCUCCUUUGAGAAGAAAACGAGAUAUCAAUGAAGAUAUGUGGGGCUAUGGUGAGGAUGAGGGAAUUAUGCCUGACGAUGUGGAUAGAAGAAGAGAUGAAGAAAGAAGGAGAGAGGAGCAGAGAAAAAGAGAUGAGGAAAGAAGAAGAGAGGACGCAAGACGAAGAGCUGAUUAUAUGAGAUAUAGACAGGAAGAAAGAAGAAGGGAUCAUCAUCAUAAUCGAAUUGACGAAGACAAAAGAAGACGGCAUGAUGAAAAACGAAGAAUGGAGGAGGAAUUUCGAAGGAAUAGUUCCCAUAGACGAAAUUGGCCAAAUAAUUAUGAAAAGGGAGAAAAUGAUAAUCGAAGAAGAGAACACACAGACGAUAGAAGAAGAUCUGAUGAAAAUAGAAGAAUGGAGGAACAUCGAAGGAUGCUGGAGGAGAGAAGAAGAGAGGAGGAUGAGAGAAGAAGACCCCAGGAAAUGAGAAGACCUCAGGAAGAUAGAAGACAACAGACAAAUUCUGAGAGAAAUAGCCAUAGAAGACAGGAGGAAAGAAGAAGACACGAGGAACAAAGACGAAGAAAUCCUACUAGGCAGGAGAAUGAUAAAAAAUUACGGAAUUACAUAUCAACAAAUACACCCAUUGUUAUUGGCAAUCAACCAUUAGACGAUCCGCGAAGUAGACAUGAUGACAGAUAUCAUCAACCAGUUUGGAUGGAGCAAAAAAGGCCCAAAGAAUCGACACGACCGUUUAAUGCAACGGGAAUCAGAAAUUUGGAUAAUAGAAGAAAUUAUGGUCCAUCGCCUCCCAAUGAUGUGGGUCAGAGGAAUGAAAUGGAUGACAGAAGGGAACGUGAGAGAAAAGAAGAAGAAAGAAGAAGGGCCGAUAGAAGAAGAAUUGAACUUGAGGAGAGAAGAUUGGAGGAGGAGGAUAGAAGAAGAAAAUCGCAAAGAUACGAGGAGGAAAGAUUGUGGCAUGAAAAAAUGAGAAGUCAAGGUGAGAGAAUGAGACAAGAGUGGAUGCACGAGGCGAAUAGAAGAUCGCAGGCUGAACGACGACCACCUUGGAUUAGACCUUAUCAAUAUCCCAAUUCCAAUGAGAAGGGUUAUCAAUAUCCACCUCCGGAUUUUAAUAACAAAGGUUAUCAACCACCUCCUCCAGAUUUAAAUAACAAAGGUUAUCAACCACCUCCUCCGGAUUUAAAUAACAAAGGUUAUCAACCUCCGCCUCCUCUUCCGGAUUUAAACAACAAAGGAUAUCAACCUCCACCUCCUAUGGAUUUAAAUAACAAAGGUUAUCAACCUCCACCGCCUUCUCCUCCGGAUUUAAACAACAAGGGUUAUCAACCACCUCCGGAUUUGAACAAUAAAGGAUAUCAACCACAGAGAGUAAAUCAUGAAUUCGAAAGAGAUCGUCAGAGAUUAAAUCAGGAGAGAAGAAGAAAUGAUAUGGAGAGACAGAAUAAAAUUCGAGAACAUGAAGAUGACAGGUAUCAGGAAUUAAAAAGAAGACAAGACACUGUGAGAAGUUUGGACGAGUAUCGUAGACGACAGGAAGAGGAGGGACUGAAUUCUCUACCUGUGAGUGCGACGAUAAUAAUUCGUCCGGGAGGAUCCGGCAGCACCAACUCCUCUUCUCCAGUGCUGUUCUCGAGAGGUGGCUUUGGUAGCGAAAUCGAUUUUCCGGGAAUUAAUCCAAAUCAGAGAGGAAUUCAAGCUGCACGAUUUCCAGCGCCAGCUACACGAAAACCACCAGUGAAAGGACCAGGACCUUGUAUUUGGGCAGUGAUUCAUUGUUGUCCAAGAAGUGGACGUGCGGCUAGUUGCUUCGAGAGUUUGGGAUGUCCUGGAAUUAAUUGGGACCAUAAUCAUUGUAAUCCAACUAUUAUCGAAGCAGCUAGGAAGGAAGUAGCGAAAUUCUACAAUACUAAUCAAUAAAUUGAUAAUCAAUUUAAUUAAUCAAUUUUAUUAAUCUAAAAUUUAUAUACUCAAAACGCUCAUUAAUCAAAUUGUGCAUUAUUUUUUGUCUUUAAAUUCAUAUUAUAAUUUAUGCGAUUCUUUCCUUAAAUAUAAAUUUUUUUUUCGAAAGAC